GCUGACUGUUGUUCACACCCGUCUCUCCCUGCUAGCUACUCGCUAUCCACUGCCCUGGUGCUGAUAUCUUUCUCUCUGCUAAACAUACCUGUCAGUUGAUCCUGAAUUGGGAGAUGAAGGUAUAAUGAUGGCUGAACCCACAGAAGAUCCAGGAGGAGAGGAAGCAUCAGGAGGAGCAACGGUACGGCAGAGAGAGCAUUCUCCUAUGUUACACUUGGAUCUUUUUAAUUUUGAAUGUCCAGAAGCAGAAAGAAGUAGAUACGUGCUGACCAGUCCCCGCUCUUUGGAAGCCUGCGCUCGAUGUAUGGUGAAACCGGUAGAACUUUUAUCUAGAAGUCUUUCAGAUCUAGUGAGGGAAGCUCCAGGGCGAUCUAUGCGAGUAGCUACUGGUCUUUGUGAAGUUUAUGAGAUAGAACGACAGAGAAAGCUGAAAAUGUGCAGGGAGGAAAGGGAAAGGAUAAUCCGUCAAGAAAAGAGAAGAAUACUACCAUUAGUACUAAGUAGCAAUAUUAGUUCCCCAUAUAGCUCCAAAGGGCCAUCUCGGUCUGAAAUAUCGACGCCUCCAGCAUCUAAGAGAAGUGACACUCCAAACAGCAAUGGUUCCCAUAGAAGCAAUACACAUCUGUCCAAAGAUAGUGAUAGAUCUCUAUCUUUACCAUCCAAAGUCACAAAAAGAGGUACUCCAUCACGACCCAAAAGAAAACCAGCCUCAACAUCCAAGCUUCAAAAGAGCAGCAGCUCCCAAUCUGAAGAUACUCAGAGCAGCACCGAAUCAAUGACCAAGGAUCUUGCUCAUCCAGUCACCAGAAAAUGUAAAAGUCAGUCUUUGGACUCCCUACAGAAAAUGAGAGAUAGUACCUCUGGGAGAACAUCUUUAGAAUCCAUGACCUCUUCUUGCAGUGGGGACAGUUUACGUGGCAGAACACAAUUUGUUCCAAAAUCCAGGACUCUGGAUACCGUUAAUUCCCUCAUUGGUCGAAGUUUCAGCCUUGGGGAUCUUAGCCAUUCACCCCAAACAACAAAGAAAGUAGAAAAAAUGGUUAAAGAGGUGAAGAAAAAAGGGAUUUACACAUUACCUCCAAGAGACAAAAAGAUUGCAGCAAUUAUGAUUGCCAAACAUGAGGAGGAAAACAUCAGGAAAGAGCAGCGUUACUGGGCUCACCUUCACUGGGAAAGCCAGAGAAAGAGCUCAGAUUUAAGAAAGGAGCUAGAAGUAAGAGAAAGACGUGCUUUAUUACAAGGACAAAGAAUGUUGGAGUCUCAUGUCAGAAACAGGCGUAGCAAAACCUUUUCAGAGGAGUUGACUUCUGCAGAGAUUGAAAAGCAAAGUAGAGGGAAAAGUGGGAAUUGUGAAGGUAAACAAAAAAACAUCAGCCAAAUAAAAAGUCAAACGCCCAAACAGCUAAAGAAAAAUGAUGCACUAGAGCAAAGUGAUGAUUUUCUACAAGAUAAGUAUGUGUUAGCACAGAUUAAAAAACAGGAAAAGACUCAGCAGCUGCAGGUAAAUAAAGUACUGCAGAACAAAAUGGAGAAAAUUAAGCACCAAGCCCUUCUUCAGGAGUUAGCUCAGAAAGAGGAGUCAGAUACUGAGGAGAAAAGGAAGACAUUUGAGAAAAAUCUUAACAGGGCACAGGAAAAUUUGGAACAAUUACAGGAAAAAAGGAACAAAGAAAUAAAGACUAGAGCACAAAGAGAAGAGCAACAAAUUCAAAAAGCAAGGAGGGCAGCAGAACAGAGGGAAAAAGAACGUUCUGAGCAUAUGAAGGAACUGGCCAAAGCUGCAGAAAGAAGAUUACAGCAUGCAGCUCAGGUAGCAGAUGAAGUCAUGCAACACAAAGCUAAGAAAGCAGUGGAAAUUCGAUUGGAAAAGGAGAAAAUUCAAAGGGAAAAUCGGCAAAAGGUGUUGAAGAUUGAGGACAUGAAAAGACAGGAACUUCUUAUGUCCAUAGAAAAGAAGCUAGAGCGCAGUGAACAGAUACAUAAGGAAAAACAGAAUGUGCUAGACAAUGCACGCUCAGUGGCUAGGGCUUCCUUUAAUAUAAGGGAGAGGGUGAGAGCUGAAACUAACAUACGUACUUUUGAUAAAAUGGCACUGGAAGCAGAAUUAUAUGCAAACAUUGAUAAGAAUUGAUGGACAAGAGAGCUUAAAAUUUUUUUAAAUCUAUGCCAGCCUCUAGUGAUGCAGGGCCCAGUGUAUGUCUUGUUUUACAGAAUGUUGUAAAAUAGUCACCUCACUGAUGCAGGUGUAUGACGAAAGCAAGACCAAUCGAAGAUCUUCAUAUAGGUCACUAUCACUUCAGUUACUUACCCCCACUUCCAGGAAUCAAAUUAUAGCCAUAUCUAUAUAUUCACAGUACUAAAUAGAAAAUAUGCUCAAAUACCUUUACAUUGUCAAAUAAAAAUAAUACAUUGUUUAUAUUUUAAAA